AUCCACAUAAGAAACACGCAACGUCAACAAUCACAUCACACAUCUCUUCUUAACAACCCAACUACUCUUUGACAUCCUACCCCCACCAAUCACGAAAAUGAAGGUUUCUGCCAUUCUCAUGAUCACCGCCGCCUCGGCCACUCUCGCUGCCCCCGUCGCCUCGGCCGCUCCCGUCGCCUCGGCCGCCCCCGGCACGGCAUACAGCAGCUACAAAGACUACCCAACAACCUACGCAAGCUACGGCACCUACGACGCUACCAAUCCCCCACCUUCGGCUUACGGCUCAUACAGCCCCUACGGCAGCUACGGCGCAUACCAGCGCGCCGCCGAGUGGUUCAAGAGCCUCUUUCAGUAAUCCUUCUCGCUUGAAAGCGAAACAGGAAGACAAUGCCAACGAACGCGAUCACGAAGAGAUUUUUUACUGGCCCCCGUGUACUCUCCUAUCAUCUUGCAUAGGAGACUGUCCUGGGCGGAACAGAUAUGAUGACGGCUGUCAUGAUAACAACCUACAUAAUAUAAUCCGAUGUCUAUACCAG